CCAGGAGCUGUCCCCAAGCUGGGUGUCCCGGGGUGCUGGUCCCUGCUCCCAGCUCCGGCUGGCAGUGCCCUGGGGCUGGGAGGGCAGUCCAGACUUGGAGCUGUUUAACCAUUAAACCUGGGGCGUCUUGGGGGAGGCGGGGACACUUCCCUGCCACUUCACCCUGUACCUUGCUCCCUCUGGCAAUCCCAGCAGCCAUGAAGCAAACAAAAGGGCUCGAGGGAGACAAGAUGUCCAUCAUAAAAUUUGAAUUUAACCCCAAAGUUGGGAUCGACAACCCAGCCUUGACACUGACUGAGGACACGGAUGGUGAGGGCAUGGGGGAGCCCCGCUUCUACCUCCUGACCAAGGAGAGCACAGAGACCUUCGGCUUCUGCCUGCACGAGGAGCUGGGCUGCCAGGGCCACGUCAUCCGGCAGAUUGAGCUGGGGGGGGUGGCCCAGCGCAGGGGGCUGCAGGACGGGGACAGGCUGCUCCAGGUCAAUGGCCACUUCGUGGACCACAUGGACCACCUCAGGGUGGUGCAGAAGAUCAAGGCCAGCGGGAACCAGGUCCUGCUGGCGGUGCUGGACGGUGACUCCUACGAAGCAGCCAAAUCCCUGGGCAGGGACCUGUCCCAGAUGCUGCCGGAUGACAUCCGCCCGCGCCUCUGCCACGUCACGAGGGACAAAAGCGGCUUUGGCUUCAGCGUGUCAUGUCCAGAAGGCACCAAGGGCACCUUCCAGCUGUCGGUGCUGCAGGACGGGCCAGCAGACAGAGCAGGGGUGCCACCAGGCUGCUGGCUGCUGGAGCUGAACGGGGACAGCGUCAAGAGCUACUCCCACACACAGCUCACCAAAAAGCUUAAGCAGAGCGGCAACAAGGUGACACUGCUGGUGGCAUCCAGCGCCGUGGAGGAGUUCUAUCGCCUGCGGGGCCUGCGGGUCACGGCUGCCUUGGCAGACACCUCCAGGCUCCCCUUCAAGGUCCGCGAGCUGCACCUGGUGAAGGGUCCCGCUGGCUACGGGUUCCUGCUCAAGGAGGAUGACUGCAGCUCGGGAGGAGUAGGCCAGUUCCUGUGGGAAGUGGAUGUGGGGCUGCCGGCCGAGCAGGCAGGGAUGAAGGAAGGGGACCGAGUGCUGGCCGUGAACGGGGAGAGCAUCGAGGGGCUGGACCACGAGCAGACCGUGCACAGGAUCCGCGCCCGGGAGGACCAGGUGACGCUGCUGGUCAUCGACCCCGCUGGGGAUGAGUUCUACCACUCGAUCGGGCUGUCCCCCCUGCAGUUCUUUGAGGACAGUGACGCCGCCUCAGGCUCCUGCACGCCCUCGCUGCCCUCUCGCAGUGGCUCUCCUGCACUCUGUGACGUUGAGGUGGCACCCAAGGGGCCUGUGUCCUGGCUGAUGGCAGCUGCCAACAGUAUAGAGAUCAUACAGAGCCAGCGCCAGGAGGAGCACACAAAGCUGUGCCAGGCAUUCUAACAGCCCAGGAGCCUCAGGACAGGCUCUCCCACACAGCACCUCCACCCAGGCCACGGCCAGCCCCUCGGGCCUCAGCACUGCUCAGCAUGGACCCUGCACAAGCAGCUCCUGUGUCUCAUGCCUGGCUCACAGCAUGACACUCCCAGGGACUCGUCUCUGCUCACCCAGGCUGACUCAGAGCUUUUAUCAACCACAGUGGCAGCUUCUCAUAACCUGACCACAGACCUGUGUCUUUGCCUGCCCAGCUACCUCCAGGGAUUCCUCAGGACAUUGCACUGAAGCCCUUGCCCAGCUCCAGGCUCUGGGAGUUCCCAGGAGAGCUGAGGCGCUGCCCUCUGCACCACGACCCAGGGGACUUGAGGGUUGGCUCAGAUCUGCACGUGCAUGGACAUCUCUCCUGUGCUUCUCCUCUCAUCCUCUCCCUGAACCUGUGGGCAGAGAGUGUCCACCACCCAGCACCACCCUGUUCCUGCACCACCCUUUUGGGGUGAUUAAAGGACAAAUCCACA